UGAAUCCGGCUGAAUCCAAGCGUAUACUUCUUUCUUGACGUCUGUCCUCGUCUUCUUGCCCCGUUUACAUCUCCAGUCCUCUCUCGCCCUCCUAGGGUUUUUCGGGCUUCCCCUCCGACAUCCCUGUUUUCCGGCGAGAGGCAGAGAUAAGGAUCCCCAUGGCCGGAAUUCGGUGGCCGCCGGAGGACUCCGAGCUGCUCCCACCCCGUCCACCGACCACCGCCGACCUGAUCUCAGACGACGACCGGUCCGUGGCCGCGGACUCCUGGUCCAUAAAGAGCGAGUACGGGAGCACGCUGGAUGACGAACAGCGCCACGUCGAGGCCGCCGAGGUCCUCGCUGGCGGCAACUUCGCGGCCGCAGCCUCCGAUUACAGUUCAGAUAAGGAUGAGCCAGAUGCCAGUGAGGUUGAAACGUCAAUGUUGGGCUUUCAGAGCUACUGGGAUGCUUCUUAUGCGGAGGAUCUUGCGAAUUUUCGUGAACAUGGCCAUGGUGGUGAAAUUUGCAGGUUUGGUGUUGAAGUCAUGGAUACUGUUGCAACUUGGACUAAAAACUUGUGUGAGAACAUGUCCCAGGGUCGGAAUGUAGCUGAUGACAGCAAUUUUAAAUCUGAAUCUAGCAAAGCCUUCAAGGACUUGUCCAGCUGUAGUGUGCUUGACCUUGGAACUGGAAAUGGUCUGCUUCUGCAAAAGCUUGCAAAACAAGGGUUUUCCGAUUUGAUGGGAACUGAUUACAGUGAAGGAGCAAUCAGCCUUGCACGAAACCUUGCUAUUCGUGAUGGAUUUCCCCAAAUAAACUUCUUGGUUGAUGAUGUUCUGGAGACAAAAUUGGACAGAAAAUUUCAUGUUGUGAUGGACAAAGGCACAUUAGAUGCCAUUGGGUUACAUCCAGAUGGCCCUGUCAAAAGGAUAAUGUAUUGGGAGUCAGUAUCAAACUUGGUAGCUCCUGGCGGGAUAUUGGUGAUCACAUCAUGUAACAACACCAAAGAUGAGUUGUUGCUAGAGGCGGAAAACUUCAACAAAAGAAGGCGUACUGCCGAGGACCUGGACCAAGAGGCAGGCAGUGGGGCUGCUGUCUUUCGAUACCUCGAUCAUGUCCGCACAUAUCCUACCAUUAUGUUUGGCGGGGUGGAAGGGUCGCGUGUGUGCACUGUUGCAUUUCUUCGAAAUUAAAUCCUUUUUAUGUAGUCUUCCAGUUAUUCAUGGAGCAGGGCCUGCUGUUGACUUGGAAUACCCAGUACUUUUCCAGUUAGGAAUGGUGUCCUUAGAGCUACUUGCUCUUCUGGUUUGAACAACAGCAGCAGAGGUGAACAUGUUUUAAUUUGGGUUGAUGAUUGGUGAUGGGAACACUGAACUGAUACUUCGUCCAGAACUGUUCAGUUGGAUUUUUAGUAGGCAUUGAUGACAUUGACUGCCUAUGUAGUAUACAAGAUUUUUUUUUUCAAAUUUACAUUUGGUUCGCUCAUGAGCAAAGCAUCAAAAUUUUCAUGUCA